UUGGAGAAGUUGAAAGCGUACGCGCUGCUCAGAAAGGAAAGACGGCAGAAGCGUUCGGUGAUCCUUCUUAAUUCUUGCUUGCCGCUCCUUUGUUUCGAUGAUGAUGCAUAUGGAGGAAGCCAGCCCUUGGUUGAAGCUCACGCCGGAGCUUCUUCGCUACGUUGCAAGCUUGCUGCCCCACAACGAAGUCACCGAUGCCAUGAAAUUGGCAAACUCAGAAGCAGCCGCAGCGCUCCGCCAAGACUACAGCACGUACGAGCUAUGCCGCAAGCCUGAAUGCCAUCUCCCGUCAGCCUGCACCAUAUGCGCUGAAGUAAUGAACAUCCCGGAGCCCCUGCUCGCCGAGCACCCCUCCUGGCCGGGCACCGCUUUCGUGGCUCACUGGGGCCGCCCCGAGCCCUGGCGUGUCCUUAACCGGCGACAACGGCAUCGCCUGGUGUGCUUGGCUGCCUCCAGCCUGCACCCGCCCAGUCUCGAUGCGGUGCUAGCACACUGCGGCGUCCUUCCCCGCGCAGACGCGCUGGCCUCCGCCGCGGCCGUGGGCGACCUGCCGACAUGCCAGCGGCUGCUGCUGGAGGAGGGCUGCCACUGGGACGCGGCGAGGCUGUGGCACGCCGCCGCCGGCUACGGGCACCUGCAUGUGUGCAAAUGGCUGGAUGAAAUGGGCAUGGACACCGAAUGGGCCAUGUGCGGCGGUGAUGUCUUGAGCUUGGGCCGCGGCGGCGUGCCCCUCGCGGUGCAGGCGGCGGCCGCCAAUGGCCACCGCGACGUACUGCAGUGGCUGCGGGGGAUCUGGAAGAUACCCGCGGAAGUCAUCGCGGGAGCGGCCGCGGAGGGGAGCCAGAUGGGGCUGUUCUGGGAACAGGAGCCCGAGGCGGCCGGCGACCGUGUCGGUCGCCAGCUGCUCCUUAAGGUGCUGCACGGCUGCCCGCUCAGCGACCUGCAGCGCUUCUGCAAGGCGCGGAACCUGGAAAGCGCGUUGUCUGACGCCCCCGACAGCACCAAGCACGAUCUGCUGAUGCGUGCGGCGACCAGCCCCACGGCCGACUGGGCGGACAAGUGCGGCUGGCUGCUGUCGCUGUGGCGCACCCCGCCCUCGGAAUGGGCGGAGCUAGACGACGAAGGCAUCGAAGGAAAUAAGCUUGUCUACCUUUGGGAACGGCUCUGGCAGGCCGUCGCGCGGCUGCAGCCGGACACGUUGCUGCCACGGGUGCAGUACCUGGUGGCUCGCGGGCUGCGCCUGUCGGAGACGGACGCGCUUGUACCGCACCAGGCAGCGGCCGCCGCCGGCCACAUGGCAGGGGUGGCCAUGGCACUGCGCGCCGGGCCGCCGCUGCUGCAGCUUCAGGGUCCGUGGGGCAGCGGCACCGCUGAGGACCCGGCGCGGCGGGGACUGCGGCGCCACGUGUCUAGCUUUCUCUCCUCCGUCGCAAUUAAGGCGGGCCAGGCGUCCGUCCUUCCGUUGUGGGGCCGCGUCUUCAUGCCUCCGAUCUUAAAAUGGGCCCUGAAGAAUGUCUGGGACACGUAUGGCGACGUCGUGGCUUCCCAAACGGAGGACCCUUUCCAAGGCCUGCCCGCUGUGCGCUACCUUGUGAUGGAGGACCAGGUGUGCAAGCCAGCCAAGGGCGAGCCCGGCCCCGACUGGUCGGCGAUCUUCCGGCAUGUGGCGCGAAGCGGCGCGGACUUACCGCUGCUGCGCUUCCUACAUGAGCGGCGUGGCGCGGCCAUCGACCUGGCGGCGGUAGCGCGCGGCGGCGGCGAGGAGCAGCUGGAGUGGGCGCUGGGCGCCCUGCACGCAGCCGGCCAGCCAUGUGACGAGCCUCUGGCCGAGGACCAGUUUAUGGCGAUUCUGGAGGCCGGCAACUGGGCGGCGGCGGACUGGCUGCUGCACCGCAGGCUGGCACCAGAACCCCUGGAGCUGCAGUUUGACCUGCUGCAGCACAUCGGAGCGCUCAACCGGUUGGUCCCGGCGCUGCGCUGGUUUGUGAGCCGCCACGAAGGGGUGAGGUGGAGGCGCAGGAGCCGGAAGCUGCUCCUUCGCGAGAGCUUGGGCCAGUGCGGUAUUCUUCGGCUUACGCCGCCCCCCGGGCAGCUGCGCUGGCUGUCGGACAUGGCAGCCGCCGUUAAGGAGAAGUACAGCGGGGGGGCAGCGGAGCAGGAAGACAGCCCGGAGGAAGAAUCGGAGGAAGAAUCGGAGGAAGAGUCGGAGGAAGAAUCGGAGGAUAGCGAGGAGGCGGGUGAGGAGGCGGGUGUGCAGGAGGACGCACAAGAGGGCGCGCACGCGGCUGCAAGCGCGGGUGUGGGCGGCGGUGCUGCUGGAGACACAUGACCGCAUGAGGUUUAGGCAGCGCGCGACGGGCACCGAGCCAUGUGUGUUUGCGGGGACAUGCGCUGGUGCGUGUGUCAACAUGUGCCGCACAAGGGUUAGGUGUGGUCUGGCACACGCACCGGGGCCUAGGUGCGGCACGCCUUGGGGCUUUCCC